AUGGCUACCCCACUUUACGAAUGCCGCUGGAAAAAUUGCACGAGAGAGUUUGACCAAAAAGAACUGCUACAGGCACAUAUAAUAAGCCAUAUCGACGUGCACGAACCCAUUCGUCUGCGUGAUUUACACGACUAUCGAAAGGCCGCGGGCGAAAGUACGGUGUCUUCGCUUCCAUUUCGUUACCUUGGCACCCAAACGUCGCUCGGAUCCUCGCAAGCAAACGCGGGAUUGCAUGUGCCGGAUUCGAUACGGGGUUCCUCUGCCACCAAAUUCUCCACCCUUGGGAUAGGAAUGAGUCCCGCAUUUUCGAAUAUCCCCCCCGCGCCGUCGCUGAGUUCACAGAUUGAAUCGGCCCUUGCCUCUGGUCAGCAAGGGUCCCAACCCAUGCGAGAGUUGGACCCAAUGAUGGACCUAGCCGCGCCUUUUGAUGCUGGAAUUGCGUCUGGGACAUCGAGUGCAGUGACUGCACCCAUGGGACCAUCGACACCCCCUCCGACGUCGGAAGAAGUCAAGCUCAUGAAUGCAUUCACAAAGACACCCACACCUCCUCCGUCUGUUCUCCCUGCAGAAUCUAGGACGGAAGCGGACGACGGAGGCUCGCGGCAGAGGACAUUGAAUCCAACCACGCCUGCACGCAAAGCCGUGAAGAGAAAAAAUGUGGGUGGUGUGACCUUUUCAGAGGCAACUCCACAGUAUAAGAAGCGGAAGACGAUCCCCAAGACGCCGUUCCCGGACUCUGACGACGAUGCAGACGAUGACUCUGAGACAGAGGAGACAGAGGCCAGAAGAGCAAUCCUCGAGCAACAGUCUAGUGAUGACGAAGAAGAGGAUACAUUCGCGUUGGCUACACAGAUACAAGAAGGUUAUCUCGAUGUAGAGGAGAUUCUCAGCGAGAAUUCUCUCAUGGGCGACAUGCCUAGCCUCCAACCGGAAGUCGAGACGGACGAAAGCAAGUCGCACAGGGGUGAUGAAGAGGACGAAAUCAGAAGCCAGGCCACCUCUAGUGACAUCCGUGUCGAGGAUGUGACGCCUCGGUGA